UUUUUUGUGUGUGUGUUUUCAGGCUCGGAUAGCAUUUUUACAAGGGGAAAGAAAGGGUCAAGAAAACUUGAAGAAAGAUUUAGUGAGAAGAAUAAAAAUGUUAGAAUAUGCAUUAAAACAAGAAAGGGCAAAGUAUCAUAAAUUGAAGUAUGGCACAGAAUUGAACCAAGGUGACUUGAAAAUGCCAACUUUUGAAUCAGAAGAAACCAAAGAUACGGAGGUUCCUGCAGUACCUCAAAAUAGCCAACUGACCUGGAAGCAAGGCAGGCAGUUACUAAGACAGUACCUUCAGGAAGUAGGUUAUACAGAUACGAUACUGGAUGUACGUUCCCAGCGGGUAAGGUCUUUGCUUGGGCUCUCCAAUUCAGAACCAAAUGGUUCAGUAGAGACAAAGAAUUUAGAACAGAUCCUCAAUGGGGGCGAAUCUCCUUCAUCAAAACAAAAGGGACAGGAAAUCAAAAGGAACUCUGGUGAUGUUCUUGAAACAUUUAACUUCUUAGAAAAUGCGGAUGAUAGUGAUGAGGAAGAGGAGAGUGACAUGAUAGAAGAUAUUGCAGAGGGAAAAGAGAAACACCGGAUAAAUAAGAAACACAAAGUAAAAAAAAAAAUUAAGAUAUUGUUUUGCAUGUGCAAACCCCAUCUUAAAAGGGAAAUAUCUUUUCCUUUUUCCCUAGAUAGUCAAAAUCAUGUCAUUUCUUGCUCUUAUACAGCUAUUAUAGUAAAUAGCCAACAGCUUGCAUUGCCAAUUGCUGAUUUUUUUUCUUUUAAUAAUAUGCUGCAUGUAGACAAAGAUGACCUGUCCCCAACUGCUGAGGUUUGGGAUGUAGACCAGGGACUAAUAAGUAAACUGAAGGAACAGUACAAGAAGGAACGAAAGGGGAAGAAAGGGGUAAAGAGAGUCAACAGGACAAAACUUCAAGACAUGAUAGCAGAUCUGGGCGAUGAUGAGAUACCCCACAUCCCUUCAGGAAUCAUUAAUCAAUCUAGGUCACCCUCUUCUAGAAUGACUGAUCAUGAAGGUGCAAGAGCAGAGGAAGCUGAGCCAAUAACGUUUCCAUCUGGAGGAGGCAAGUCAUUUAUUAUGGGUUCUGAUGAUGUUUUGUUAAGUGUACUGGGCCUUGGAGACCUUGCAGACUUGACAGUAACAAAUGAUGCAGACUAUAGUUAUGAUCUGCCAGCUAAUAAAGAUGCCUUCCGAAAGACAUGGAACCCUAAGUAUACGCUACGCAGUCAUUUUGAUGGAGUGCGGGCAUUAGCUUUUCAUCCUGUAGAGCCUGUGCUGGUUACAGCCUCUGAGGACCAUACUCUAAAACUUUGGAAUUUGCAGAAAACAGUUCCUGCCAAAAAGAGUGCCUCUUUAGAUGUAGAACCUAUCUACACAUUUAGGGCCCACAUUGGACCUGUAUUGUCAUUGGCAAUUAGUUCUAAUGGAGAACAAUGUUUCAGUGGUGGUAUUGAUGCAACCAUCCAGUGGUGGAACAUGCCUAGCCCUAACGUGGACCCAUAUGACACCUAUGAGCCAAACGUUCUAGCUGGCACACUAGUUGCUCACACAGAUGCAGUCUGGGGUCUUGCUUACAGUGGUGUAAAGAAUCACUUACUAUCUUGUUCAGCAGAUGGCACUAUUAGAUUAUGGAACCCACCAGAAAAAAUGCCCUGUAUUUGCACUUACAAUGGAGAGAAAGAGCAUGGAAUACCUACAUCGGUUGACUUCAUAGGUUGUGAUCCUGCUCAUAUGGUGGCAUCUUUUAACACUGGCAGCACAGUCAUCUAUGAUUUAGAAACAUCUCAGUCAGUGGUAAUGCUUUCAUCCCAAGUAGAAUCUGGUGUACAAUCAAAUAAUCACAUUAACAAGGUAGUAAGUCAUCCCACACUUCCUGUUACUAUUACAGCUCAUGAAGAUAGACACAUCAAAUUUUUUGACAACAAAACGGGUAAAAUGAUCCAUUCUAUGGUUGCUCACUUGGAUGCUGUCACGAGUUUAGCUGUAGAUCCUAAUGGAAUCUAUUUAAUGUCUGGAAGCCAUGAUUGUUCCAUUAGAUUAUGGAAUUUGGACAGCAAGACAUGUGUGCAAGAAAUAACAGCUCAUAGGAAAAAGCUGGAUGAAUCAAUUUAUGAUGUAGCAUUUCAUCCAUCAAAAGCAUAUAUUGCCAGUGCAGGAGCUGAUGCCCUUGCCAAAGUAUUUGUGUGACACAGCAGAACAAACCUGCAUCAUAACAGCAGGUCUGUUUGGACAAAAAAGAGGGAACGCGUCACUGCCAUCAAUAAGGUUACCAAUAAGACACUACAUCUGAUCUGCCUGAGUGAAGGCUCUUAAGUGGGGCAGGUUUCAGUUGGUGAAAAGUCACCACAUCUCGAACAAUGUCAGGCUCAUUCAUUUAACUGUAAUUACUGUAUUUGGGGGGUGGGGAGAAGUAAAAAAGGAAAACCAGUAUUUGUAGCCUUGACUGGAUAUGAACUGAGCGUAUGUCUGUUCUUUAGGUGUCUUUAAGCAAACGUGGAGUCUGAUCUUACAAAAGACUUUUAUUUUGGACUCUGUGUGCUGCCUUAGGGUUAGGAAUGUGGUGCUCUUGUGGGGGGAAGUGAGCUCCAAGAGUAGCUUUCUUUUCAUCUCUUAGUAAUCUUCUGUUUAUCAGUUGAAUGCCACAGAUUCCCCUUUUAAACUUUUAUUUUGCUUUAAAGAAAAGGAAAUUUAACUUAAAAUAUUUUAGCAUUAGUUGCACAAAAUGUUUGGAUAAAAUUCUAGUUUUUAUAAGUCUUUUUAUAUAUUUAGCCUGUCACAACAGUGCUCAAGAUUGUAUUGAUAAUGUUUUUCUGCAUUAUAGAACCCUAAAACACAGAGAACUCACUGACCCGCUGCCGUGUAACCACACUCUUCCCUUCUUUUGCCUAAUACAGCUCAGCUAAGUCCUUGCAUAAGGAUGCUAAUUCUUCAUCAUCGCAUAACUGUCUUCAUAAAUAAAGGACUGUAAAAUGUGUUUAAAUGAAACACAGAGGGGUUAACACCCCCCGAUGAACUCUUA